AUGAAGCUCGUCGCCCUUUCUUUCAUCCUCCUUGCUGUCGGUCUCGUCUGUAGCGCUGCCGUCGACCUGGACCCCCACUCACAGCUCAUGGCGAAUGUCUCCUCAGUCUUUGGAUGGCAGCUUGCUGGCUCUCAGCGGAGCCUGGCUACCCUGGAACAAGGAUGUCAAGACAUCGCCUCCUUCGGCCAUGGUCACUGGUUCGAUCUCGGACUCAACUCCACUGUGAUUGCGGGCACCUUCUGUGCCGCUGCCACGGCUGGAAUCUCCAACAUCACCGCCGUUGCCCUUGCUCAAAUCAAGCUUGCUUCCACCGAAACUUUUAUCACCCAACUUCUCCACACCUCGGCGAGGAUCCGGAGCCCAACUCUCAAUUCGGGCCGUGUCGGUCGCACUUUCUGCCACAAUCGUCCCUAUGACACCGUCUGGGUCCCUCUCACUCACGAGGUUUCCAUUGUCCCUGACGAUUGGACCUACAACACGACCUCGAAACUCUUCGGCGUCAUCUAUAGCUUCAGUGCUUUCACAGACAUUGAGCGUUCGGUCAUGUGUCAGCAGUAUAAAUACAUGGCUCAGGCUCAACUCCAGCUCGGUAUUGACACAAAUAUCGUCCGCUCCUACGUUUGUGCCCCAGGAAACGAAGUAACUCUGGACUUGGUCUCAGCUCGUGUCAAGAUGGCCAAACUGACCAAUCUCAUCUUCCAGUGGCAGCUUCUCACUGUGCUAGAUGCUGUCUCUGACUCAAUCAAGAAGGACUACCUGUGCAACAAUAUUGACGAAGUUGAGCUGCUGUGGAAGACAGGGGCUACUGGUCAGAUCCUGGCCUGCGGAGGACUACUACCAGACGAAGACUACCCUUCUACGUCUCAAGACCUAUUCCUUUACAGAAGAAUGUAA